AUGAGAUUCUUCCUCCUUCUAGCGACAACUCUCGCCUCCACCGUCUACGCCCGCACCGACCUGAGAGGCUGUAUCUCCUCCCUCACCCGCAACCAAUGGAACGAAGCCAGCAUGAUCUGGUACGUCCCCGACACAGGCGAAAUCUGCGACAUCCCCGACUGUGGCGGCGGCCGCGCCCCGCCCAAGCAUGAUAAUCCCGCUUGCCCGGAGCUGUACACCGGUACCGCGACCUACGAGCCGAGCUAUCUCCCUGGGUAUGGGCCUGGUGCGGCUGCGUCUACACCUACGCUUGCUGCGACGGCGAGCGCGUCGACUACAGGGGACGCGAUGACCACAAUGUCGAGCGAGGCGAGUAGUCUGCGGAUUACCGCUGCGCCGAGUACGACUGCCAGUGCGACGGAGACGAUGAAGACGAGUGUCAAAGCAGGAAGCUCGUCUAGUGUGGCUUCGACGACUACUGGUUCUGCUGGUGCUACUGAGACAGGGAACGGUGCGGGAAUUCUCGAGUUGAACGUGGUUGGGGCUGUGGCUGCUGCUGCCUUGGCUGUCGCGGCUUUGUAA